UUUUUUUUUUUUCUUUUCCCUUUGUCAUUGUCUUUUUUUUUCAAAACUUUCUUUUUCCUUUUUUUACUUUAUUUUUUUUUCCAUCUAUGGCUAUCAUUGAAGAACUUGCACAAGAACCAAAAGCCACAUCACCAACUAACAUUCAUCCACCAAGCUUUGGUGAAACCAACCUAUCCACGUCACCAUUGGUGGUUGGAGAAGAUCUUUUUUAUGAUUCAGAACAAGAUACGACACAGUUACUAGCCAAGUCGACCCAUUUAAAGCAACAAGGCAAUAUUUGUUUUGGUCAAGGGGAUUACGAGCAAGCAUUACAACAUUAUCAAGAUGCCAGUCUCUUCUGUCCUGAUGAACAACAACAAGCUAUUUAUGCCAGCAACAUGGCUGCCUGCCAUUUAAAACUCGGACGACCGCAAGAUGCUAAAGCCAUGUGUGAUACUGCUCUGGAUCUGGAUCCUACAUAUCUCAAAGCCAGGUUUCGCCGUGCUCAAGCCAAUGAACGCAUCGCCACCUCUGCCAGUUUGUCGGAUGGUUUGAAGGAUUAUCAAGACUUGCUACAACAGGAUAUUGACCCUGCCACUCGACGUGCAUGUCAACGUGCUGCUCAGGAUCUUCCACCAAGGAUCAAAUCUCUCAUGGAAAAGGAAAAGGAGGAAAUGAUGGCAAAGCUCAAGGAUCUAGGUAAUACUGUACUUGGCAAAUUUGGACUUUCUGUCGACAACUUUCAAUUUCAACAAGACCCUACUUCUGGAAAUUAUACUAUGAAUUUCGUCAAUCAACCUUCUUCUUCUUCUUCUUGAUAUUACCCAUUCCUACACGGACCAUGAUUCCCUUCAUACAAUAUGUACAUCUUAUCACAUCUUCUCUACAGAUAGACCCAUAUCUCUAUAUAUAUAUAUUUACACACAUACAUAUAUCAUUCAUAUCCCAUAUAAUAAAUUUUUUUUUAAACAACCCAG